GAAAAUUCGAUGUAGAAUUCUUCGAUACCUGGUAAUGCAUAAAAGUAAGCUAUGCGGAACUUCGCUUACAUUUUUCUUGAAGAAUACUUCGAAGAAAAUUCUAUGUAGAAUUCUUCGAUACCAGGUAAUGCAUAAAAGUAAGCUAUACGGCUAAAUUCUACUGUGUUCAUAUUUACAAAUCAAGUAAGUACAUGAAAAACGACAAAUACAAAUUGAUGGAAUAAAAUUUAUAAGUAAAUUUUUUCAUUAUUUCGUCAAAUCAUCGAGCAAAAAGUUGGUCGUGAUCAGGUGAGCUACUAUUUUAAUUAAAAAUUUUGUUUAAUUUUUUGUGUUUAAACUUAGAAUAAAAAAUAAAAGAAUGUUCUCAAAAAGACAUAUGAGAAGACUUAUUAAAAAUGAAGAAAGUGAAUUUUACGGAAUGGCUGAAAAUGAUUCUGAAGAGGAUGCGGUGAAUUGUAGUGAAUUUUACGAAAUGACUGAAGAUGAUUCUGAAGAGGAUGCGGUGAAUUGUAGCUUUGACAAUAUUGAUGCUGAAGUCGAAUUUUUUGAAAAAGAAGAAAGUUCACAAAAAACGAACUGUGACAAAUUAAUUGAAAAAUUGAAAAUGUGGACUGCGCGUCAUAAAGUCACAAGGAACUGCUUCGAUGAUUUGUUAAAAAUAUUGCAGUCGGAUAAUAUUUCUGUACCAACAUCUUCGAAAGGAAUUUUACGGCAAGCGACCUGCAGAUUGAGAACUGUUGCGCCAGGAAAUUAUUUGCACAUAGGCCUAGAAAAGCAACUAAGGAGUAUCGCGAUAACGUUGAGUGACGUUGAUAAAUUUGAAAUCGAUAUCGGUAUUGACGGCUUACCUUUGUACAAAAGCUCAAAUGUAAGCUUGUGGCCUAUAUUGGCAAAAUUGCAUCCAAAAAGAAAUACGAAGGUGAUGUUGAUUGGUGUUUUUGAAGGCAAACAGAAACCGGCAGACGUGAAUAACUAUUUACACGAUUUUGCUUAUGAACUAAAAACCUUAACGCAAUACGGAAUGGAAGUCAAUGGCAGAAGAAUCAAAGUGAAAGUGCGAUGCUUUAUUUGCGAUGCCCCAGCAAGAGCAUUUAUCUGCCAAACAGUAGGUCACAACUCUUUUCAAGGAUGCAGCAAGUGCACACAAGUGGGUAAAAAAAUAAACCAUACAAUAACUUACAGUACAUUGACGGAAAAUCUUCGAACUGACGAUGACUUUGCUGCAAGAAAUAGCGUGGGCCAUCAUAAAAAAAUGGAAAAAUCGUGUCUCGAAGAAAUAGGUGUGGGAAUGGUCUCCGCUUUUCCUGUUGAACCAAUGCACCUUUUAGAUCUUGGAGUUGUAAGAAAAGUGCUAAAAUGUCUAAUUAAUGGUCCGAAUGUAGGAUAUCAGUUGACAAAGCAGCAGAAAAAUAUGCUGUCGAAAACUUUGAUUUCGUACAUACCUUACAUACCCAAUGAAUUUGCUCGAAAACCACGAAGCUUAGAUGAAAUUGCAAGAUGGAAAGCAAUAGAGUUCCGACAGUUUGUACUUUACACGGGAAUGGUUGCUUUGAAAGACAUUGUAUCUGACAGUAUUUAUUAUCAUUUUUCUUUGUUGCACUGUGCAUAUGCAUUGCUUUCGUCACAAAAAACCUAUGAAAACAAUUUAGAAGAAAUAAAGCAAAUGCUUAAUUACUUCUUGCACCUUUUCCCAACCUUUUAUGGAGAAGAAAAAGUAAGUUACAAUGUACAUUCAGUGCUGCAUUUGGUGGACUACGUUAAAUCGUGCGGUUUUCUGAAUUCAUUCUCAGCAUAUGCAUUCGAAAAUUUUUUGCAAACCCUAAAGCGGUUCGUUAAAAGACCCCGAGAAACAUUACAACAAAUAAAUAACAGAUACCAAUACGAAAACGUGUUUACAAAAGACAGAUAUGUGGGUCCAAAAGUCAAUAGAUGUGGGAAGGUUAUUCGAUUUUAUGGAAAUGACUUUAAUAUCAGCGAUAAAUUACCGGAUAAUUUUUGCUACGUUAAACCGGGAGUGGCAAUACAAAUUAUAAGAUUAUCGAAGAAAGAUGAUGAUCUUUAUAUGCAUGGAAAAGUUUUGAAAAACUGCUGCAAUCUAUUUACGGAACCAUUGAAAUCGAUGAUAGAUUUGGGCGUUUUCAUAGCUGACAUUGACACCGAAGAAGCGGAGCAAAUCUAUGAUGUCCAACUUAUUUUAUACAAAUUAAUGUGUCUGCCUUACAAUAAUCAAUUUGUAUUUCUACCGAUUAUUCACAGCAAGGACCUAUAAGAUGAGUUACCACGGGCUGAAGUCUUUUAGCGUGAAAUCGGUUGCGGAAAAUUACAAAAACGAAAAUUCUUGUCCAUGCAAAAUCGCCAGUCUGGAAAAAAAAAAUGAUGAAAUGCAACAACAUAUAGAGAAAUUGACGAAACAAGUUGACACCACAAAUGAGCUGUUGCGAAAAUUAACAACCGUGCAGUCAGCAAAUAAUGCCCUCAUAAAUGCAAUGA